AUAGUCUGCUUUGCUUCCCCCUUUCUCUUACAGGGAGGAGUGAGUGGUGAAUUGUAUAGCCUUUUGAAACAUUUCAAAUAAAUCCGGGCUUGGAUUCGCGUAGAUCGCGCAUUGGAACAGAUGGAUAAUGGAGAUUGGGGAUAUAUAAUGACUGAACCAGUCACUCUUAAUGUGGGUGGUCAUUUGUAUACAACGUCGCUCACCACUCUCACGAGGUAUCCUGAUUCCAUGUUGGGAGCCAUGUUCCGGGGAGACUUCCCCACGGCCAGAGAUUCUCAGGGCAAUUACUUCAUUGACCGAGACGGACCACUUUUCCGUUAUGUCCUUAACUUUUUACGGACAUCAGAGCUGACGCUUCCUCUGGACUUCAAGGAAUUUGAUCUGCUUCGCAAAGAAGCAGAUUUUUACCAGAUUGAACCCUUAAUACAGUGUCUUAAUGACCCCAAACCCUUGUAUCCUGUGGAUACAUUUGAGGAAGUAGUUGAGCUUUCCAGUACACGCAAGCUUUCAAAAUAUUCCAACCCAGUGGCGGUGAUCAUAACACAGCUAACCAUCACGACCAAGGUCCAUUCGCUGCUGGAAGGCAUUUCCAACCAUUUUACCAAGUGGAAUAAGCAUAUGAUGGACACCAGAGACUGUCAAGUGUCUUUUACCUUUGGGCCGUGCGAUUACCACCAGGAGGUUUCCCUCAGAGUCCAUCUGAUGGAGUACAUCACAAAGCAAGGCUUCACCAUCCGAAACACAAGGGUCCACCACAUGAGUGAACGAGCCAACGAAAACACGGUUGAACACAACUGGACUUUUUGUAGACUGGCACGGAAAACAGACGACUGAUUUUUCCCUUCCCUUCCUUUUUGUUUACUCACUUCAGACACUAAGUAGCCACUUCUCAGAACCAUGUAUUAGAGAUUGGAGUCUGGCUCUCCAAUUAAAACAAUAUUGGAGGCACUCCCUUUAUUUUUUUGUUAUAUGAGUAUUUAUUAAUGAUUCUUAGGACUGGAGAAUGGAUAUGUGCUCUAGCCGCUCGUCUUCUGUCUUGUGACAAACGUAUGCAUGUGCCUGCUCAAAGUGUCAAGACACUUUUAAAAAAAAGAUAAAGGAUGACAUGAAAAUCCUUAACUCAGAAUGCAAAAUAAUAAUAUUACUCCACUCCCCUACCCCAGGUUUUACAAUAAGGUGUAAAGUAUGAAAAAUUGCUUCCUGGUUUAAUCUCUUUAGUGCUAUUACAGACCACUGUGAACAAAGGAGACACUCCCGUUCAGUAUGAAGGUCUCCUACCCAAGCCUACAAGGAAAUAGAAUGAGGGAAGCUUCUGCACUCUGAUUGGUUAAGGUGAAUGUAGGGAAGAGAAGCCGAACCAUGCAAUCUAAUCUAGUGUUCCUAAAUCAUUAAGUGAGCAGUAUUAUUACGAUUUAGCUACCAACAAGUUACCUCUGACUCCAACCUCUGCCCUGGUUUUAUCUUCAAGAGUAUAGUAUUGUACAGUUACAGCAACUGUUUCUUUCUAUGCAUUAUAAAUCAAGCCACCAAAUAUUUGCAGCUAUGAAAAACACAAUUUGAGAAGUAUUUAUAUUGGAUCCGGAAUGCAAAAACAUCCCUGGGUUAGAAUUCUUUAUUUUUUAAUGCCUGGUGCAAUAUUAUUCCCAAGUGUAAUAAUGCUUGCCAGCAAAAAGCUAAUAAAAAUGAAAUGUGGAAAUCA